GUUUCUGACCGUGCCCGAUAGGAUGAGCUCGAAAUGAACGGGUGCCGGCAUCUUGCGCAGCAGGAGCUAAAGGUAGGCACGGAAAGCCCAGGGCUCGGAGGCUUCGCAUGAGAAAGCAUGUGUCGGGCCCUGGUCGCCGAGCAAAUGGCGAUAGCGCCGGGGCGGGAGACCGGACUGGGAGCCUUGCAGCACUGGACUUGCAGCACUGGGGCCUUCCUCUUUGUUCUGGAAUCGAGCCGCUUCCCACGCCGGCACUCCCGCGGACUGCUCAAUCCCAAAUCGUCCAUCGCCCCUGACUCGUCCGCCACAAAACCCGGGCGAGCUGCCUUGAGCUGCCUUCCCUUUGUUUCCAGAUCCCGCCCUUCCGGAUUCUGCCUCGAAUUCCGAACAGCCGCCUCUGUCUGUACUGUGUACAUACCUACACCCGAGAUAGCAUCGUGCCGUGUGUGGCGAACAGAAGCCGUGCCCCCUUUGUCAUACUCGCUUAUCAACCACCGUAUCGUCGGCUUACUGUGUAGGGGGCGUGCCGUCGGGUCCAGUUGGGCUGUUAUCGCGGCCAAAUCGACCUCGCAGCCACCAACCUUGCCAGAAAUCCCCCACCAAACCAGAGCCCUCCCGCCUUCCCCAGAUUCUCCCACCCCGUUUUUAGAAGCAAACUGCAUAGCACUCCCGCCAGACUACAACCCCUUCCCGCAGCGAUGGGCUCCGUAGUGGUCUUCGACGAGGCUCCGCCCGCCGACGCCGGGCCCCUGACGGUCCUGGUGUCCACGCGGGCCGUGCUGACCCUGCCCGACGGCUCGCUCGUCCUGACGCCGGCCACCAUCGCCGUGUCGGCGCGGACCGGCAAGAUCGUGUCGGCAGUGCCGGCCGUGCUGCCCGCGAGCUCGUUCCCCGAGUCGACCACGUACGUCGACCACUCGCCCAGGCUGCUCCUGCCGGGCCUUGUGGACGCGCACGUGCACCUCAACGAGCCCGGGCGCACCGAGUGGGAGGGCUUCGCGACGGGCACGCGCGCCGCCGCGUCGGGCGGCGUCACCACCGUCGUCGACAUGCCGCUCAACGCCAUCCCGCCCACCACGACGCUGCACGGGUUCCGGGAGAAGCUGGCGGCGAGCGAGGGCCAGUGCUGGGUCGACGUCGGCUUCUACGGCGGCGUGGUCCCCGGCAACAGCGCCGAGCUGCUGCCGCUGGUCGAGGCCGGCGUUCGCGGCUUCAAGGGCUUCCUGAUCGAGUCGGGCGUCGACGAGUUCCCGGCCGUGUCGUCCACCGACAUCGCGCUGGCCAUGGAGACGCUGCGCGACCAGCCCACGACGCUCAUGUUCCACGCCGAGAUGAUCCCGCCCAUCACGGACUCGGUCGGCGACGCGGUGCAGACGUCGGGGCCGCCGCUGGCGCCGACGGGCGAGGCGACGGCCUAUAGCACCUUUCUCGAGUCGCGCCCGCCCGCCUUCGAGACGUACGCGGUCGAGGAGAUCCUGUCGCUCGCCCACCUGGCGCCGUCGCUGCACCUGCACAUCGUGCACCUGUCGGCCACGCAGUGCAUCCCGCUGCUGCGCGAGGCGCGCGCGCGGGGCGUCAACAUCACGGCCGAGACGUGCUUCCACUACCUGGGCCUCGCGUCGGACGACAUCGAGGACGGCGACACGCGCCACAAAUGCUGCCCGCCCAUCCGCAGCCGCGUCAACCAGGACGGCCUGUGGAAGGAGCUGGCCGACUCCGAGGGCGGCGUCAUCCGCACCGUCGUCAGCGACCACUCGCCCUGCACGCCAGAGCUCAAGCUACUGCCCAACCACCUGCAGCAGCCGACCGUGGUGGACGAUGUCGACGGCGCCGCCCUCUCGCCGUCGCUGAGCCGGAACCCGCACGACUCGGGCGUCGACGUCUCGAUGCCACAGGAGGAGGCCGCGGCUCUGGACGACAAGACGGCCACGAACCAGGGCGACUUCUUUGCCGCCUGGGGCGGCAUCUCGUCGGUGGGGCUGGGCCUGCCCAUCCUGCACACGGCGGCCGCCCGUCGCCGGAAGCAGCAGCAACAGCAAGCCAACUCCUCCACCAUAGCACCACCACCCUCCAUCCUCGACAUCGUCCGCCUCUGCAGCCAGGCGACGGCGCGGCAGGUGGGGCUCUCGCACCGCAAGGGCGGGCUGGCGGUGGGCAUGGACGCCGACGUGUGCGUCUUUGACGACGCGGCCGCCUGGACGCUGCGGGCAGGUGAGAUGCGGUGGAGGAACCGCUGCUCGCCCUGGGAGGGCCACGAGUUCGUCGGGCGCGUGUGCGAGACGUGGCUGCGCGGCCAGAGGGUCUUUGAGCUGGGCGGGCCCAACGCCGGCUUCGUGGGGCUGCGGCCGAUGGGCGUGCCGCUGAUCGAGAAGAGGGUUGCGUGACGGAGGGGAGGGGGAGGAGGAUAGAGUUUUUUUCUGGUGCUGCACGAUCCGGGGCGUUUCGUCCGAACCAUGCGGCCGUUGCGGCGAGACUUUGGGUCACUCCAGGUUCACGUGAGUUGAUGACGCCAGUGUGCUGAUCAUCUUGGCACUUUUCAUUGGAUUGG